GAUUGACAUUCAGCUAGGUUGAUCACUCCCAAGGAAGAUAUUUCUCAAUAAAUCGAGGGGCAAUUAACAUUUAGGGAUUUAUCCUAUUACAGUUACGUGCUUUAUAGACUUCGAUUUUUCCCUGCGCGUUUAUGGUUUGUGUCUGUGUACAUUCCAGCGUGAAUAAUACGAUAAGAAGAAGUGCAAGUCAAGUAAACAUGAUGCUGGUAUUAAUGCUGGAAAACGACUUGGAUGACCAUAUUUAAAUAAAACAAUACCGAAUGUACCAGUUUUCUUCCACAGUCCUGAGAUUUAAGUUUCAGCCAGUUGAUUAAUACGAUAUAGGAAGCUGACUAAUGAACACUUUACAGACUGUUGGUGCUGUACAGAGGUGACUACUGUACAUGUUAAGAACUUCCAGCUUCUACAUGAAUAACACCCAGAAUUUACUAGACACCGGGCCAGUGAACAGCGACCAAUGGGAAACUGUUUCUCUUGUUUCAAGGUCCCUCCACCACCUGACCCGUCCACAAACUCUCCCAUGGAGAAGGACAAGGAAGGUAACAGUAGUACUACCCAGAAUCUGUGUGCUGAACUGCAGCCAUCCCAAGAGGUGCACUGCCCUCCCCUGACUGCUGUGGAAACCCAGGUCAAUGGGAACAGCAAAGGUACUGGGGUCAUGGUGGUUGGAAGUGAUAACUGUGGCAGCUUGCAUCGAGACAAAACCCCGAGGACAUUUUAUUCUCGUAUCCCCCCACUGGGCCGCUCCACAAGCAGUGGAGGGGAUGGAAAAGGCAGAGAACCUUCAGAAGCUAAGCUUAAUGCCAUGUUUGAACAGUAUCGUGACUGUAAUGAGGAUGCCAUGCUAGCUGAUGGUAUUGAAAGCUUAUGUGCAGAUCUGUCUGUGUCACCAGAUGAGUUUAAGGUGUUGGUCCUUGCAUGGCGUCUUAGUGCAGAGCAGAUGUGCCGUUUCAGUAGAGCAGAGUUUGUGAGUGGGUGUAGGGCUAUGCGAGUGGACUCGGUGAAAGGAAUCCAGGCUCGACUACCAGAGUUGGUGGUUGAAGUAACUAGAGACCCAGAGUUAUUCAAGGAUCUAUAUCGUUUCACAUUCAGAUUUGGACUGGAUGCUGAGUCAGGGCAGCGAAUCUUACCAUCUGACAUGGCCAUCUGCCUGUGGCGACUAGUAUUCUCUGUUAGAGAGCCACCCAUACUCUCUCGUUGGCUGUUCUUUCUUGAGACUCACCCCCAGGUUAGGGGCAUCCCACGUGACACAUGGAACAUGUUCCUGAAUUUUUCUGAGGCAGUUGGUGAUGAUUUGAGCUCGUAUGAUGACACAGAAGCUUGGCCAAGUCUAUUUGAUGAUUUUGUUGAAUUUGAAAAUGAUCAGAUGAACCAAAACAUCUCCAAGGAUAAGGACGAAAUAAUUAAACAAGACUGUAAUUGAAACUCUCAAUUUAAAAGUAGUCUACAUUUUAAAUUUUUAAAAAACUAAAAGAUCAAUAAUUAGUAUUUUUUUAAUUGUCACAACUAAGACUGAUACUCAUUCAGGUGUGCAAUAGUCUUUAUUUUGGCUAUACUUCUCAUAAUAUUUACCAAUAAUUUAUUUAGAUUACAUUUUAAUUUUAUCAGAGAAGUAUAGACAUGGCAUUGACAAGCUUGUGUGGUGUUUGGUUCAUAGCCAAUGCCAUUAAGAAACUGCCUGGUACAAUGUUAACAAACUGCAUUAUGAAAUUUAAUAUUUAUAUUUGAAGUAUGUGUGAGUAACACUUGUGUGAUUGUGACAGACAAAUCUGAACAGGUAAAUAAGGGACAAUUCUUGCCUUUCUUAAGUUGAGCCAUUGACUGCCUUAAAAUAUGUGGGACACAAGACUUGUAGCUGAUAUUGCUGUUUCGUUUGUUGUGUUUGCCAAUAGCAUGGUGGGAGGUAAUGAGUAGUAUCGUGUCAAAAUGUGAGGUACAGUGAAACAAUGUGAUACUUAAAAUAUAUUGUGUUCAGUUCCAAUCAGGGCAACAUAUAUCUUGAAAUGAAAGCUGUGCUUUUCCCGAAAGGUCAAAAACAGAUACAGAAUAGCGUGAGUUGACAAUUCUUUCUUCUCAACAAAUGUGUGAUCAUUUGACGAUGUAUUGGUGCCUAAUUUCCAGAUUGUUAGUCAAAAUUAUCAGCGACUUCAUGUAAUUUUUCUCUUCGGAAAUAAUCAUGACUGGUAGGCGUAAAUCCUGAUAUCUUUAUUUUCAUUGUUGUUCAUGUCUGGGGAAAUUUUGUUUUAAAAUCACAGCAUCAGAGAAAAGCAAUUAAAUACUGACAAAUAACCACUGAGGUCUUGUAAUGGCUAUUUAUUUAAUUAUUCAAGAACCUAAAUAGUACUUGAAGUGAAUGUGUGUUGUCACUGGAUUAUUGGUAAUCAUGGCUGUAUUGUAUACAAACUAAAAUGUUACCACAGAGUCCUACUUUUUAACAAUUCAAUGGCCUUUACCCAUAUACAACUUGAAUAAAGCUGAGCAACAGUGGUGUCUGAAGAAAACAUUGCAGAAUCUACUCUGAUAAAUCACUUGUUGAAUACAUGUUCAAAACCCUACAGUUUAAACAAAGAUCUCAAGUCUACUAUACAAGAUCUGGAUGCAGCCUAUGGAAGUGUUGCAUUAACAUCAUAAUGCAAAAUAUCUAUGAUUUUAUGAUAAUGUUGAACCAUUGUGUCAGGUGGUGAUUAAAGCAUAUCUAGGCUCAUGUGGCUGAUAUUUAUGUUCAGGAGAUAUACAGGUCUAGUGUCUGCCAGGGAACAAGUACCCUCAGUUCAUUGUUUUUAGUCUCCCCUGGUGAAUAACAGAAUAGUGCUUUUAAAUAGGCCACACUCAAUUUCUAUCAAAUCCUUCAUACAUUUUUUGACACUCUAUUAAUUUCAUAACAUCUUGUGCGUCAUUUUCGUAAAAGAUGGAUUAUGAGGUUAGCUGUCUACUGGGUUGUGGUGCCAUGUAGUGUGAUAGAAGUUGUUCAGUGUUUUAGAGGUCUUUGCUGCAUCCAUCAUUAGGGUGAUGAGUGCUACAACACAGAUGACAGCCACCUUCAUACUCACUGCCAAGAGAAUCUCAGACCCUACUAUUACCAUUUUUACAUUGUGUACUCAUGAGGAGCCAGGACAGUUUAGUCUGUAUGAUGACUAGAUUAUGAGCAGAACACCUGGGGUUUUAUUCCUGGCAUGGCAUGACUUUUCUCUUUGUCACAACAUCCAGUCUGUCCAGUGAGUAUUGGGAUUCUUUGCUUGUUGAAAUUAAGAAUGUGAAGCUAUGUCAACUCCUAGUGUCUUCAUGUCAUGGUGCUUUCAUAAGUACCAGGAGAAAAUUACCUUUAUUACAUUUAUGUCCACUCUCACUCAUAUUGUGUUUGUGUUAUGUAAAAUAAUAAACUACAAAAUUAAAUUAA